AUGGGAAACUUUCUCGGAAAAGGUUAUCAUCUUUUCACUGAUAAUUUCUACAAUUCUUUUGAGUUAGCCAAACACCUGCUUGGUGAAAGCACCUACAUAUGUGGGACAUUGCGAAGCAAUCGAAAGUCGAACCCAAAAGAAGUUACUAAAGCAAAGUUGAAAAAGGGAGAGAGCAUUAGUAGGAGCAGAGAAGUUGUCACCGUUGCGAAGUGGAAAGACAAACGAGACGUGUUGGUGAUUAGCAAUAUGCAUGCUCUGGAAAUGCUCGAAGUAUCAAACCGGAGAGGCGAGAAAAAGUUGAAACCCAACAUCAUCCGUGACUACAAUCAAAACAUGUCAGGUAUCGAUCAGGCUGACCAAAUGGUAUCAUAUUACGACUGCCUCAGGAAAACAACUCGGUGGUAUAAGAAGGUUGCAUUGCAUAUGAUUGAUAUUUUUGUUUUCAACGCAUUUUGUCUCAAUUCAACAUAUGGAACAAAGAAAUCAAUCUCGAUGUUAAAGUUCAGGGAAAUGAUCAUUACCGAUCUAAUUGGAGAACGGUUAAACGAUAACCCACCAGUACAAAACAACAACACCAACGAUUUCCAUUACUUAGUCGCCAUACCACCAAACGAAAAGAAGAAAUUGCCAACAAAACCAUGUAGAGUGUGUUCCAAAAUAAAACGAAAGGAAACACGAUAUCAAUGUGUUGGUUGUGAAAACCGGCCACCAUUAUGUGUAGGAGAAUGUUUCAAAACAUAUCAUGUAAAAUAA